GGAGUGUUUACUAUCGGCAGCCGUGAGAUGUUGGUGGCGGCAUGCUGGUUGGGCUCACACUGCUCGUCUUAUAAAGUAAACAUGUCCUUGGUCUUUACUACCUUGCCAGUAGUAACCAGGAGAGCACACCUGCAUGGCCCUCAUAUUUAAUAAAGAAGUAUCGUAGUUUGAGGCUCGUCAUUACAGUAUGGCUGGCGCCUUGAAGUCUUAUGUUGAGAAGUUUCUCCUCAACCCAGCGGCCUCAUUCAACGUUGAUGAGGAUGGACAUCAAGAAACAAAAGCUCAGGUUGUGGACACCAUUGAAGGUGAUGAGCGAGCAGAUUCAAAUCAGCAGUCUGUAAGUAAACUACGAGCUAGAAGUGCAGCUCUUCAGGCUGAUAAAGAUCCUCGCUACAAAGGGAAGAAGGUGUUGCGGAAGGACUUGAAAAAGGACAGAGAGAAUAAACAUGACCCAGCACUUGCAAAAUAUUUCAGUAUUGAGGGAGAAGACAGUGUGGAGAGUGCAAAUGAAAAUUAUUCAUUGAAACUUAAAAAAAAUAAAGUAGAUAGUGAUGAGGUGGAUAGUGACGAGAGUGACAAUUACGAUAGUGAAGAGGAGGGAAAAAUGGUAAAGGAAAUCCAUCGGCAACAACAGAAAGAACCAAAACAUGUUACGUUUGUUAAUGAUGGGGAUUUUAGUAAGUUUGCUGAUGAUUUUGAUGAAGAGGAUGAUGAUGAUGAUGACGACGAUGAAGAUGAUGAUGAAGAGGACGAUGAUGAUGAAGAUGAUAACAAUGAAAGUGAAGAUGAGGUUAUCGAGGGGGAAAAAGAUGAAGAAGAUAAUCCUGAAGAUUCUCUUAAGAAGUUCAGCACAGAAGAUCAAUCUGAGGAAGUAAAGAAAGGUCAAGCUGUUAAGAAUCAGUUGGGAAUACAUGACUAUCUGUUUGAGGGGAGAAUAGGUCUGCAGAAGGUAGUGGUUGGAACUAAUCAGCUGCCUCAGUUCAACACUUACAAGCUCUUUCUGCGGGAGAAUGAUCCCCUCUACAAGAAGAACCUAGUUGCUGCAAAGACAGCAGCCAAAAAUUUACUUGACUCCAUUUUAAGUGUUCAGGAAUUGUUACUCCUACAAAAUCCUGAAACUAGUCACAUAAUUACUGGUAAAAAGCCGAAGCCAAUAGGAACUGAAAGUGAUGAGGAGAUAACCAGCAGUGAGGACGAUGAUGCCAAGGAGACCACCCUGUGCUCCAGGGGAACCAAGCGCAAGAUGAAAGUGGAAGAAUACGAAGAUGUGCUGAGCAAGAGGCAUGCAGCUUUGCUGCCACUGAGGGAUCAAGCUAUAAAUAAGUGGUAUGAAAAAACUAAGCUACUCUCAAGUCGCAAUGCACGAGAUAAAUUCAGUGGCUUUGAAGUUUCUGCCUUACAGCAGCUGAACAACAUUCUGACAAACAAACAGCAGCUGAUUCGCCGCACUCAGUUGACCGGGGCAACUAGAGGCACCACUUACCAUGUGUUGGGUAAAGUUAAUGAUGCAAGCAGAGAGGUGGACACAGAAGAAUAUGAUCCGGAAAUAUUUGAUGAUACUGACUUCUACACAAGAACCUUAGAGGAGAUGCUGAAGGCUAAAGUAUCACUUUCUGACAACAUGACAGAUGUCUCAAGAAAAUGGAUUGAAAUCCAGAAUCUAAGACGAAAGGCCAAGAGAAAAGUUGAUAAAAAAGCAAGCAAAGGGAGAAAAAUUAGAUAUGAGGUUAUGAGCAAACUUCAGCAGUAUCUUGCUCCUUGUUGCCCACCACGAAUGGAUGAUGCGGCCAUCAACACCCUCUUUGCUUCUCUUUUUGGAAAAUCCAUUCAGAAAGUGCAAGAAACAACAUCACACUGAACACAUGGAAAGUAAACAUUUAAAGUUAUUUAGUGAUGUUCUGCAAAUUAUUUUUAUAGAGAUUUAUGCUCUUAAUAAAUUGUUUUGUUUUAAAA